CCGCGUUUUUUAAUUAUUUAUUUCCGUGUAAACUGCAGUCUUGAUAUAAAAACAUUGAUGGUCGAUCAUUUAGCCCUGUGUUGAGGGCCCUGCGAAAGGAUUUCUAAAUUCAUCCCGAAGCUCAGUUUAUAUCCAGCGAUAUGGCUCGACCACGGCCGCGGGAGUACAAGGCAGGAGAUUUGGUUUUCGCUAAAAUGAAGGGAUACCCGCACUGGCCGGCGAGGAUCGAUGAGCUUCCUGAAGGAGCUGUGAAGCCACCUGCCAACAAGUACCCCAUCUUCUUCUUCGGGACUCAUGAAACUGCGUUCUUAGGCCCAAAGGAUCUUCUACCCUACAAGGAGUAUAAAGACAAGUUUGGCAAGUCCAACAAAAGGAAAGGCUUCAACGAGGGCCUGUGGGAGAUUGAGAACAAUCCUGGAGUCAAGUUCACAGGCUAUCAGGCCAUCCAGCAACAGAGUUCAUCAGAAACAGAAGAGGGGGGAAACGCGGCUGACGGCAGCAGCGAGGGUGAGGAGGGAGACUCCGUGGAAGAGGAAGAAGACAAGGAGAAGCUGAAGGGAGACAAGACUGGAUCCAAACGGAAAAAGACGGCUACCUCCAAGAAAUCCUCCAAGCUGUCCAGGAUCUCGUCUGGAGAAGAGGAUCUGGAGAAGGACGGGAAAGAUGACGACCAGAAGAGCGGCUCUGAGGGAGGAGACCCCAACAACGACAUCAUCCAAAAUACCACCGACAGUAAGAACCAGUUGCUCAUAGAAGAACAUUAGGUGAAGAAAGCAUGAAAGGGAAAUCAUUAUUUGUAGCUGUGAUGUUUGAAAGUAGAAUCUACAACAUGAUUUCUCAUCAACACUGUCUACUGGCUGCCAUCGUCACCUCCUCGUCACUUCUCUUUUGGACUUCCAGUAUGUGUUUGUAUGAAAGAUGCACCCUUACUGAUGCAGGUAUCAGUUCUCAUGUGGAUACCAGGGUAAGACUGGGCAUUAUGUUACACAGUUUUUUCAGCACAUAAACUUAAUGCAAAGGACCAUGUUAGUAAUCAAAGUAAAGCUACUUUAUUUUCUUCCCUUUUUUAUCAUGGAACUCUCUAAAGAUUGUAAGUCCAUUUUAUCCAGUAACUCUGAAUGCUUAUAAGUUGGUGUUAAAUUAACAUGAAAUAUAGGAUGUUUAAAGGGGCAUUAAGUACUUGAAGACUUGUUCUAUUGGCAAACAUUACAACCUGUGACA